AUGAAACUCACCAUCAAGGCCUACCGCCCCGUCGCCGUCUGGAAGUGGGACACCUCGACCGAGCCGCACAAGCCGUACCAUUUCGCCGAGAGAGGGUACGACCAGGACGAGGACGACGAUGACGACGACGACGUGUGCGUCUGGGGCGAAUGCACCCACGUCUUCCACAUGCACUGCCUCCUCAAGUGGAUCGACACCGAAUCGAGCAAGCAGCAGUGUCCCCUGGACCGGCGGCCGUGGGUCACGGCAGACAGAAAACCCGACCAGCUGCCUACUACCGUCUCGGGCGCGCCCAUGGCCUCCGUGGCUCCUGGCCCGAUGCCGCGCCGCGAGGACAGCGACGACGAGGGGGAGGUGGUCGAGGCCGCUGAGGGGGCCGAGGUCGGUGAGGCUGUAGCGGCUGGGGAGGACGUCGAGAUUGACCCUGAACGCGCGAAGUCGCCCCCCCCCUCGGCCUUUGGCUGCUCCAUCUCGUCCAUCUCGCUCCAUCACUCUCUUUCCAUCACUACCACUGACUGCACCACCCACCUUGCCAUGCCCCCAAAGAAGAACAAGAAGGGCAAGGCGGCCGCAGGGACUAGCACGCCCCCCGAGUCGGUGCCGCUCAUCAUCACGACCAACGCGACGCCGCCGCCAGACUCGCCACCGCAGCUGCCCGACGACCCGCUCUCCGAGCCGCGGUCGAGCAACGACGUGGGGCUCGAGACGAUGCACGAGGAGGUGCGGCCGACGAUCCACACGCUCGCGCAGCGCGGCGACGUCGCUGCCCUUGACGCGCUCCUCGCCUCUGACGCUAGCCUCGACGUCUCGGCCCGCGACGAGCAGGACGUCACCCCGCUCCACUGGGCCUCGAUCAACGCGCACAUCGCCGCGUGCCGCUGGCUCAUCGACCACGGCGCCGACGUCGACGCUAUCGGCGGCGAGCUGCGCGCGACGCCCCUCCAGUGGGCGGCGCGAAACGGGCACCUAUAUGUCGUCCAUCUGCUCAUGUCGCGCGGCGCCGACCCGAAUAUCCACGACGCGCAAGGCUUCAACACACUGCACCUCGUCACGCACAGCAGUGCCGUGAUGCCGCUGUUGUAUAUUCUCCAACAGCCUGUCGCCGUCGACGAGAAGGACAGCGACGGACACACGGCGCUCAUGUGGGCCGCGUACCAGGGCGACGGCCUGUCAGUCGAGCUGUUGCUCAUGCACGGCGCGUCGGUGCAGACCCGCGACCACGCCGGCCUGUCCCCACUGCACUGGGCGGUGGUCAAGGGCUCGCUGCCAUGCAUCAAGCACCUGAUCGAGGCAGGUGCCGACCUCGAGGCGAAAGAGGAGCAGCGCAAGACGCCGCGCGAUAUGGCCGUCGAGCUCAAGUCGACGGCACCGCUGGAACGGGCCCUCGAGGAGGCCGUGCGCACGCCGGAUGGAAGACCGAUCCAGGCGCGAUUUGGCGACCGCAAUACCAGCGUGCUGGUCUUUGUGCUGCCUACGUUUGUGCUUUUGGCUGUGUUCCUCACCCUCAAGCAGUUUGACUGGUACAUCGGCAUCCCGCUGGCGGUGGCCGAGUUCUUCGGAAUGCAGUUGUCCAUUGUCCGCCUGCUUAAGCACAAGCCGGCGCACGACCGCAUCACCGCCUCGCCCUACUUCGCCGGCAUCAUCACCGGCUCGCUCAUCUGGGUGUUCUACACCUGGGCUACCCGGCUGGUCCGCGGCGCCCCAGGGCACCUCUUCUCGCAGGUCGCCUUCUUCUUCUCGUUUGUCGGCUGCGCCACGUCCUUCUACAAGGCCAUCACGACGGACCCGGGAUACGUGCCCAAGCCUGAGAAUGACGGCGAGACCAAGGAGGCGAUCGAGCUGUUGACGGACGAGGGGCGGUUGAACGGGACCAACUUCUGCAUCUUCUGCAUGGUUCGCAAACCCCUUCGGUCGAAGCACUGCCGAUCCUGCGACCGCUGUGUCGGGCGAUUCGACCACCAUUGCCCGUGGAUCUGGAACUGUGUCGGGUACAAUAACCACCGUUUCUUCCUCCUCUUUGUGUUAUUCCUCAUCUCGGGUGUCAUCUUCUUUGAUCGCUUGACUAUUUCUUAUAUCCAAGAGAGCGCACCUGCAUACGAAGCCCCCGAGAUCCCAGGCUUCACCAUCUGCGACAUUUCCGAGACGCUGUGCAGAGGAACAAAAUACGAUGCCUUUGCUGUCGCGGUUGCCUUCUGGGCCACUCUCCAGCUUACAUGGACAUCGAUCCUCGCCAUCUCGCAGUUAUGGCAGGUCACGCGGCAGAUGACCACGUUCGAGGUGUCCAACCUGGGACGAUUCGGAUACAUGGGUGGAAAGGGCGGCACGUCGCUGCGGGACCAGUCUGGCGCGCUGCGCGCCGCUGGUGUCCAGUUCCGCCCGAUGGCCGAGCCAGACGCCGAGGGUGCGUCGACGCCCGCUGGACAUGUCCACGGCCCGCAAUGCAAGCACGGCCAUGGACAUGGGCACGGGCACAACCACCGCUGUGGCGUUCUUGGCCGCUUCUGCUCCGGCCUUGGCAAGGUGAUCACCGGCCCGCUGUUCCAGCUUCUCGGACUCGACUUCUUCACCAAGGGCAAGGGAGCAAGUGGUCUUGCCAAGGCGGGCAAGGAGCAGAACCCAUUCGACUUGGGCUUGGUCAGGAACUGCAUGGACUUCUGGUCGGGCGUCAGCGGCGUCGACUAUGUGCAGCUGUACGACGUGCCUCCCGAGGGCUGGGCUGCGUACCGCCGCAAACUCGCCGCCGGCGGAGUCAAGAAGUCCAAUGGCUAUGUGGCUGUCGCGCGCGAGGAGGUGUAGGCAGUGGUGUAAGUGUAUGGCGUAGGAUACAUUGGCACAUGCAAUAGAUGAUACAG